CUGGCGAUUGUGACAAGUACUUCCGGGUGAUGUUUUAGGUUGCAAAGGAGUCGCAGCAGCUACGACUCGAACGACGGAGUACGCUUAUAAUGUAUACUUAGAAAAAUCCGUUUACCAGGCUGAAAAAUAUAUUCGGGGGUUUAAACUGUAACACUCUCCGGCAUAUUUCUCGAACUUUGCGCCCUGGAGAGGGUGCCACCGCGCGCCUUGAUUCAUGUCGCUGGACUUCCUACCCGAGUGCGCGGCUAGCUUUCAGGGUAGCUAACGACAAUCAUUUCUACAGUGCAGGUAUUGAGCAGGAUCUCACGUCUUUUCUAAAUCAACAGAAUUUUCUUUAGCUAACUAAUUAUCGCCGCUCAAGUUUGUUGUUUAAUAUUGUACCUAAUGUGGCUUAUCGUAUUCGUUUCCGUUAGUCUUGUGAUGAACACGGGCCCAACUUAGCUAGUUAGCAGCUAGGCUUGCUAGCUAGCUUAUCUUGCUUAUCCAUUCCCAGAGGAAUCUGUCAAAUUUAAUUAGCUUACCCAGUUAUCAGCCUGGUAAAUUGAUUUGUACACCAAUUCUCGGUGUGAGUAACAAAGCCAAUACUAUUAGUUACCUAACUCCGAUAUUGAAACCCUGUUGUCUAUUUUGUUAGUCUACCUCAUCCUCUUUCUCCCUUCUCCCGCCGCCUCCCCGAAACUGGCGGUCCACCAUAACAUAUUGCCAAACAGGCUGUUCCGAAGCAUCAGACACUCGCUGAUCUUAACUUUGACAAUCCGUACAGUAAGUGCUACUGACCGGGGACAUUUGGCAGCCGUCUGUGGUCAACAAACCCAAACGAAAGUACCACACUCCAAUGAUAACCCAUCUUACACGGAGUUAACGAAAACUAAGUUAUCCGAAAGUCAGUGUCCUGCCUUCCAAUUUCGCGCCAAGAAGAGUAUUGUUGUGGAAAGUGAACCCCAUCAGCAUCGGGCGUCCAAGCUCGCGAUGCCUCCUCCUACCGCUAGCAGUAAAGCUCGGGUCUACACCGAUGUCAACACUCAGAAAAGUAGGGAAUACUGGGACUACGAUGCACACGUACCUAGCUGGAGUAAUCAGGACAGCUACCAGUUAGUGCGGAAGCUCGGCAGAGGGAAGUACAGCGAGGUUUUUGAAGCCAUCAACGUCAGCAACAAUGAGAAAGUAGUGGUUAAAAUUCUCAAGCCUGUUAAGAAGAAGAAGAUCAAGCGGGAGAUCAAGAUCCUGGAGAAUCUUCGUGGUGGAACCAACAUCAUCCGCCUGGUUGACACAGUGAAAGACCCUGUGUCUCGGACGCCAGCGCUUGUCUUUGAGUGCAUCAAUAACACAGAUUUUAAGGAGCUUUACCAGAAGUUAACAGACUUUGAUAUUCGUUUCUACGUGUAUGAGCUUCUGAAGGCUCUGGAUUAUUGUCACAGCAUGGGGAUCAUGCACAGGGACGUCAAACCACACAAUGUCAUGAUCGACCACCAGAUGAGGAAGCUGCGUCUCAUAGACUGGGGUCUGGCUGAGUUCUACCACCCAGCUCAGGAAUACAACGUCAGGGUGGCUUCUCGCUAUUUUAAAGGACCAGAGCUGCUAGUUGACUAUCAGAUGUAUGACUACAGUUUGGACAUGUGGAGCCUUGGUUGCAUGCUGGCCAGCAUGAUCUUCCUGAAAGAGCCUUUUUUCCACGGUCAGGACAACUAUGACCAGCUGGUCCGCAUUGCCAAGGUCCUGGGUACUGAUGAGCUGUUUGGCUACCUACACAAGUACCACAUCGAACUGGACACGCGCUUCAAAGACCUGCUUGGCCAGCAGACCAGGAAGCGCUGGGAGCAGUUUGUCCAGACGGAGAACCAGCAUCUGGUGACCCCUGAGGCCCUGGACCUGCUGGACAAGCUGCUACGCUACGACCACCAGCAGAGACUGACCGCUGCAGAAGCCAUGCUUCACCCAUACUUCUAUCCUGUGCUUAAGGAACAGACCAUCUCCAAAGCAGACGGGAAGGCAAUAAGUGGAUCCAAUGCAACAUGAUGAACAGAGAGGAGGAAAACCUUUGUUACCUCAACUUGUGACCCUUUCGUGGCAGAAACGAUCUGCCUCCAAGUCUACAGCCAUACUGGAGCAAGACGUCACACACACACGCACGCACACACACGCACACACAUACACAACACCCACACACUUGGAAGAAACCUAAAUCUUGCACAACGGGGGUGCUUGCGUCGCUUGGCCCCAGUCACACAAAACAGAUUGGAUCUAAGCUACGAGGUGGGAUGUUGCCUCCUGCUACUGCCCCUCCUUCCCAGCCCUCCAACCCGCCCGCCCCACCCUUUCAAA